AUGACCCGGCCCCUGGAGCAGGCAGUCGCUGCCAUCGUGUGCACCUUCCAGGAGUAUGCUGGGCGCUGUGGGGACAAGUACAAGAUCUGCCAGUCGGAGCUCAAGGAGCUGCUGCAGAAGGAGCUGCCCACCUGGACCCCGAGUGAGUUCCGGGAGUGUGACUACAAUAAAUUCAUGAGUCUUCUGGAUACCAACAAGGACUGCGAGGUGGACUUUGGGGAGUACGUGCGCGCACUUGCCAGCCUUUGUCUCUACUGCCACGAGUACUUCAAAGACUGCCCCCCUGAGCCCCCUUGUCCCCAGUAGCCUCUGAUCCAGAGGGGCAUGCCAUCCUGGAAGGGCAGGGUCUGCUCUAGUGCUCCGUCUUUGUCCCUGAGGUGGUCCUGGGUGUGUAGUCACACCCUUCCUACCCUCUCUGUGGGACCCUUUUAAUCUGGACUUAACCAGGUCCCUGAUUUGCUAACUCUGGCUACUCAUGAGUACUUUCCUAGGGAUGCCAAAGUAGUGAGGGGUGGAGCAGUAGCCAGCCUUUGCUUCUGUUCUUGGGAGGGAGAACAUCUCUGCUCCCACUUUGGAGGCUCAGCCAUGU